AGUAUAUAGAAAAAAAAAAAAUAAAGAAAGAAAGUGGUAGACUAAAAACAUCAAUCUAGGUUAGGAAGAGUGACGUCACAAAUCUCCCCCAAGAUCCACGUCGCCUUCAGAUCUUCCACGUGUCCUAGCCCAACCUUGCUAAUAAUAGCCACCCAACAGAGCCAUGUUACCCUUCUCCCAAUCCAUCUAUUCCACGUGUCCAAAUUCUGGAACCACCCUUUUAUUUCCUAAAAAAAGCCCGGUUCUCUUCUCUUCUCUCUCUCUCUCUCUCUCUCUCUCCUUUCAUCAUCAUCAUCAUCUUCUUCUUCUUAAAAGCACUCAAAGAAAAGCCCAUCUCCCAACGCCCUCUUCUCUUCUCUCUUCUCUACUACGUGUUCACCCCUCACGUCCCUUUCUGGACACAACUCCAACUCUCAUUGGUUACAUCUCUCCUCUUUCCCGACACCCCAACCCCUCGUACGCACCAAUCACGUGCUCUCUUCUCUCCUCUCCUUCCACGUGUCCUUUUUCACGUUCCAUCACUGUCCUAGAUGCCCUUCUCGACACCUGUUCCCUUCUUCCACGUGUCAACCCAUUCCUCUCUCUCCCCAUUAUUAUAUCACCCCCUCCUCCUUCUCUCCCUUAUCUUCCUCGUUCCUCACCACCACCACCACCACCAUCACCAUCAUCACUGCUUUCUCAUUUCAUUAACUCUCAUGGAGCGAAGAGGAGGUUGCUGCAUAGUCAGGUAUGGCGCUGAGCCUGAUGUAGCUUGGAAAAUGGAUAGAAUAAUGUUAAGAUUCCGUCCUAUCGCACCAAAGCCCACGGUUGACGGUGCCGUCGCCGCUGCUGCUCCCGCUUUACCUCCGCCAAAAACCGGCCGGAAGAGACGAGGAAACCCUACUAGUACUAGCACUGGUGUUACUGCCAAGGAUGGUGGUGGGAGAGGGAGGAAGGUGUUAAAGAAGGUGGAGAACCUUAACUUUAACCUGAAGACGUUGGCUUUGAUGCCGGAGAUGCCGGAGAGGAAGGAGGAGGUGAAGACUACGACGACGACGACGACAGAGAAGAAGAUGGUGACGACGUAUGUGCCGGCGGUGUGGAGGGUGGGGAUGGGGACGACGGGGGAGGUGGUGGUUCCGAGGCCGGUGAGGCCGGCGGGGUCGUGGGUGACGGUGGAGUGUGUGACGGACACGUGGAGGGAGGUCAUUGGGUGGGGGUGCGAAGAAGAAGCUAGAAGAAGAGCGGUUAUGGACACGUGUCCGGUUUUUUUAUCUGGUCCGUUGGAUCGGGUGACGUGGACCAACGAGGCGUAUAGAAGGAUGGUGGUUGGAGAAGAUGAUGGGGAGGAGGAGGAGGAGGAGGAGGAGGAGGAGGUUAGGGUGGCGUUGGUCACGCGAGGAAUGGUACCGCAGGAGAGCAUGGCUUUCACGUGCCGUGUGCGCGUGCGAUACGCGUGCAGGAAAGGGAAGGGGUCGUUGGCGGCUCCGUGUGAUGUUUGGCGGCUCGGUGAUGGCGUGCUGGCUUGGCGGCUUGAUGUUAAGGCGGCUCUCAGUCUUAGCCUUGGGAGAUGAUGGUGGUGGUGGUUGGAAUUGUAAAUAUGUGUGUUUGGAGGGGGAGUUAUGUAAAUUCGGGUAAGGAAAAAGAUGGUGUUUGCUGUUCGAAGCUGACCAGCGGAUUAAGGGAGAGAGGGGUGGGACACGUGGUGGGUUAUGGUUUGAGCUUUUUGUUUGCAAUUAGGGAAGUGUGUACACGUGGAUGAGUACGUGGUUUGUUGUCGGGAAAACAUGGAAAAGCUUUUUUUCUUUUUUCUUUUUUUAUAUUUUGUUGUUAAUUUUUAAUUUUAUGAAUGUAUGUAUGGAAUAUGGAUCAUGGUGGUGUGAUGUGUGCGGCACUGUAUUGUAAGGUGAUUGGUUUGGAUGGGCACACAAGUACACGUGUCGCACUUGUGUUUAUUGUAUGUUUGAAAGCUCUGGAUAGAGUUUUGCAUGUAUUCAAAGUACGUGUGUGGAUGGA